CAGAACACAACCAUGUUGUAUUAGAUUAAGAUGUAGUGAUAAAACACACAGGGGUCACGAAUCCCUCCUUUUCACUUUGAUUAGCAUUGUGAAACUAAUGAAAUCUAGAUUACUGAUUCCAGCAAAUAAAAACACAAGGAGGUCAUGAAUCCUUCUUCACUCUUAUUAGUGUGGAUAAACAGCUGAGGCCCGGAGUCCUGAUUCAGCUCUCCCACAGAGACAGUAAACACACCAUCAGCAGAAGCCCGGGUCACCCUCAUACUGCUCAGCCAACCAGAUGAGAGCUGAGCCUCUCACCCACAACUAAGGGCGACACGCACUCUCUCACGGUCUCAUUUCAGUGCUGGCUGUGUCCCCUCACACAUUUUGCAAUUCCACUCCACCUUGCUGACCUUAGAGCUGCGUUCCACAUUACUGGCAUCGGGAAUUGACACCAUCUUGUUGCUCUUGGGAUUCUAUUCUGAGGAUUCUGAUAUUUUAUCUGAACUGGAUGAAAGAGAGAGAGAGAGAGAGAAAUGGUUGAAGCGACGCUGGAGAUCAUCGCCAUGUGCCUGGGAUUUGUGGGUCUGAUCGGGGCGUCCGCCACGACGGGGCUGCCCAUGUGGAAAGUGACCGCCUUCAUCGGGGAGAACAUCAUCGUGAUGGAGACGCGCUGGGAGGGCCUGUGGAUGAACUGCUACCGGCAGGCGAACGUGAGGAUGCAGUGUAAGGUGUAUGACUCCCUGCUGGCUUUGUCGCCUGACCUGCAGGCAGCCCGCGGGCUCAUGUGCUGCUCGCUGGCCCUGGCCGGCCUGGGCCUGCUCAUCGCCAUGGCGGGGAUGCGCUGUGUGUCCUGCCUGCAGGACAACGACCGCGGUAAGAGCAUCAUCCUGAUGACCGCGGGUGGCAUGCUGCUCCUGGCCUCUCUCUGCGUCUUCAUCCCCGUCUCCUGGACCGGCCACGUCAUCAUCCGGGACUUCUACAACCCACUGCUGAUCGAUGCCCAGCGCAGGGAGCUGGGAGAGGCGCUCUACAUCGGCUGGGUGACCGGUGGCUUCCUGUUCGCCUCGGCCCUCAUACUCAUCUGUCGCCGCGUGCCCAGGGACACGGGCUCGUUCGAUGUACUUCACCCAAAGAACCCCACACUGCUUGGAUACCUCCCCGCGCCGCAAAACCCGGCUCUAACCGGUUACCAGCCUGUUGUAAACAACCCCAGCUUCGUCUCAAGCCAUCCUGCUCCGUACAACACCAGUUUGGUUCGGAAUCAAUCCACUUCACACAGCGGAAGUUUCACUCAGAAUAUAUCUGUUCCAUUUAACAACAGUUUUGCUCAGAGCCAGCCCGUGACAGUAAAUGGCAGUUUUGUUCAUCAACCGCCUUCUUCGCACAGCUCCCCCUUCGUGGGAAACCUGUCCACUCCUGGGAACUCGAUCUACAUUGGCCAGACAUCCGUUCCUUUCACCCCUAGUAAUGGGGGCCACCAGUUCUCUUCAUACAAUUCUAUUUAUACCGGGUUCAAGCCACAACCACAAAACCCUGUGUUCAUAGGGUAUAACUAUUCUACUGCUGCACCUCGCAGUGUGAGUAGCAUUAGUCAAUAUAUAUGAACAAAAACAACAUGUGGAAAUGGAGCAAUCUGCCAUCUUAUAAAAUCAAAUUGACAUGACAUUAUUUUCUGUUAGUUCCACUGAACCUACUGUGUACCAUCACUGUGGUAUUUUUUCAUAGUGACAUAUGGUGGGUG